AUGGAAUUUACUUUAACUGUAACAUGUAUUGUCGUUAGCAUCCUUGUUGGCGUGGCAAUCGGAGCAAAUGAUGUUGCUAAUUCAUUUUCAACUUCUGUUGGAUCAGGGGCCAUGACAUUGAAUGCAGCUAUUAUUGCUGCGUUUAUAUUCGAACUUUUAGGAGCGGUGCUACUUGGAGCUUCGGUCACAGAUUCUAUCAAGGUCAAUAUAAUUGAUUUAAAAGCUUUCGAGAGUUGUCCGAGGAUCCUGGCCACUGGGAUGUUGAGCUCUAGCAUUUCCAUCUUUAUUUGGCUUUCAUGUGCAACAUUUGCAGGAUUACCUGUAUCUACAACACAUUCUAUCAUCGGAAGUUUAAUAGGAUUUGGAAUUGCAUCUGGUAAUGCUUACGAUCUUAAUUGGCGGUACUUGUCUCUAGUAUUCGUCACAUGGUUGCUGGUGCCCAUAGGGACGAUCAUAAUAUCUUGUUCUGCAUACAUUAUGAUGUUGUGGCUUAUCGAUAAAUAUUCCCAGCAUUUAUAUAAAUUCAUUAUCAUUUUCUGUGCAAUCAGUUGUCUUCCUGUUUCAUUAUUUCUGGCUUUUAAACAUCCCUUUAAGGUAGGUAAAAAGGAAGUGUCGUCAUUUAUCUACUUUAUAAAUGAGUACAAAUUUGCUGUAUUUGUUAUUGUGUACACCACACUUAUCUUAACCGCUACUAUAUUUUCUGCGAUCCUUGUCCGCCGCCGCUGUAAAUUUGGGUAUAAUCCGCAACCAAACCCUUUCUUUGACAAUAAUGGAAAAUUUGCUACUGGAACUGAAAACAAUGAUCAACAAACGGAUGCACUUUCUAAGCCAGAAAUCAUAUUUUCGUCUGUGCAGGUAAUAGCCGCAGUGAUGAAUAUAAUAUCUCACGCUUCAAACGAUGCGGCCAAUGCAGCCAUGCCUAUAAGCGUAAUUUUGACCAUCUGUUUCGAUUUAUUCGAUUCUAAAUUCAAUGAUUGGUAUAUUCUCUUGUGCUCUGGGGCCUCCAUGUCAAUAGGUCUCGCCGCCUUCGGCAAAUAUGUAAUGAAAACAGUUGGUUUCAAACUCACAAGAGUAACUCCUUCUAGGGGUUACACAAUAGACUCUGUAUCAUCAUCUAUCGUAUUAUCGCUUUCGUAUAUCGGAAUGCCAAUCUCGUCUACCCACUGCGUUGUAUCAGCCACUCUCGGUGUUGGAAUGGUGAUUCCUAAUAAACCUGAAGCGGAGCCCGAAAAUGCAGAAUCUGAGCCUCAAAAUGCAGAAUCUGGACCUCAAAAUGCAGAAUCUGGACCUCAAAAUGCAGAAUCUGAGCCUCAAAAUGCAGAAUCUGAGCCUCAAAAUGCAGAAUCUGAGCCUCAAAACAAUAUACUCUGCAUAUUUGGUGUGAAUAAGCGGUUAUCGUUUGAAAGAGUAAAUCUCUUUAUGUACAGAAGAAUAUUCAUUGCGUGGAUUGCAACCAUCAUCGUAUCAGCCCUCACUUCAGCCGGAACGUUUUUGUCUUUAAAAUAUAUUAUAAAGAGAACCUAUGGGAAUAUAUCUAUUGACAUUAGCUAA